ACAAUUGAGGUACAUUCCAAGACAACCACCAUGUCUCCAAGCGCUCAAGCACCGCCAACCAUAAUCUCCGCCUCGCAAACCCCCGAAGAAGAGGUAUAGUCCCGCCCAUUCGUCUCCGAUCCUCACAAGCAACACAAUCCAGCACAACAACACCGUGCAAGAGCCCAACUAACCAUAAUCACCCAACACCCACACUCCAGCGCAACAUCACCACCGCAAAACAAUACAUGGCCAUCGCCUACUCCCCGACCGAGAACCGCGGCGCCGAGUCCGUCCGCCACCUCUGCCACCCAGACAGCUGGUUCUGGAGCCCGUCCACCUUCCCGGGCUGCUCGACCCCGAUGGACUACGCCAACUCUCACGCCACCGUCAUGAAGUCGGUCAACGACCUGCACAUCGUGCGGUACGACCAGGCCUGGGCCAAGGACGGUCACGUCCUCCUGCGGUACACCGCCGAGGGGUCGCAUGCCGGGGCGCCGUACAAGGGGAUUGAGAGGUCCGAUCCCCCCAAGCGGGCGCAGUGGAGCGCGGCGGCCAUCUUCGAGAUCAGCGACGGGAAGGUGAAGAGCUUCACCAAGGAUUGGGAUCAGAAGGUUAUGCAGAUUCAACUAGGUUGGGCGCCCGUGAAGGAGUCGGAGGAUCCGCGGUGGAAGGCGGAGAUUUUGGCGAAUCCUGAGAAGGGGCGGCAGGCGAAGUAGAACCACAGAGCUGGAGAGGAAGGCAAAUGUCGGUAAUAUAGG